CCUUUAUUUGGUAAACCGUUCUCAAAACCGUUGCGUCCUAAUGGCAGUUUGAACAGACAAAAGUAAGCUGAGGACAAGGUCAACUGAAGCUUACCGCCAAACGAAAAACCAAAUUUUAUUUCUUAAGUGAAGAUAUAAAGUACGUGAGACUGGAGCCUCCAAAUCCCAAUCGACCUCCCAUCCAGCUGAUGGACAUUUGGGAGGUUCACUUGGAUGAAAGUACAGAUCGAAAAUUCUACAUUAAUACUAUCACAAAGGAGAAAACCUGGAAACCGCCAAGGCUCUUUGUGGGCAUGCGAGACAUAAAGGUUGGACCUACAUCACAACCAAAAGCAAAUGCCCAGCAAACACCCACCAUGGAGCAUUUUUCCUCCUCAUCCCAGGCUAGUCCUUCGGCAGUACAGCGGAGAGUGAAAAGUGGAGCUGCUAACUGUGAUCGUCUCAGCCAGACAAAGUCAAUGGUUCUCACUGACUCCAGCCCACUCAAACUACCGGUGUCUCGUCAUAGACGAAACCACUCUCAGCACAAUCUUACUGAAAUUACUGGAAUGGUGGAUCAGUCUUGUUUACAACCAAUGGAGAAAAAUGGAUUCCUCAAUAAGGCAAAGAUUACAGAGGGAGGCAAAAAGCUGAGGAAAAACUGGACCACUUCUUGGGUUUGCCUUGAGGGAAGCAAAAUUGAAUUCUACAAAGAACGCAAGCAACAAACUUUAGCCAGCUUGAAAACGGGCUGUAAACCAGAGAACGUGGACUUAUGUGGUGCUCAGAUUGACUGGGCAAAAGACAAAUCCAGCAGAAAGAAUGUGCUUCAGCUCACCACCAUCUCAGGGAAUGAAUUUCUUCUCCAUUCAGAUGAUGAUAGUAUACAUGACUGGUACCAGGCCAUCAGACACGUGAUUGACAAAUUGAAGGGAACUUCCACAUCAGCAAUCAGCAUCUGGAAAAGCUCAAGCAGUGAAGAACUGAGUAGGAAUGAGGGUGAAAACAACAGCAAAUCCAAUCCAAAAGAAGCAAAGCCUGAACACAGAAAAUCAAUAAUACUACGACUGAACCAUAGCUCAUCAGACACCUCUGAGAAGAAAAGAGUUAAGAGCAGACUAAAAAAAUUCAUAUCAAGGCGACCUUCACUGAAAACGUUACAAGAGAAAGGACUUAUUAAAGAUCAAGUAUUUGGCUGCUACUUGGCUACUUUGUGCAAGCGCGAAGGAACCACAGUUCCAAGAUUUGUGAAGCUUUGCAUUGAGGCUGUGGAAAAAAGAGGUUUGGAAGCUGAUGGCAUUUACAGAGUAAGCGGCAAUCUUGCUACAAUACAGAAAUUACGAUUUGUAGUGGAUCAUGAAGAGAAGCUGAAUUUGGAUGACAGCCAGUGGGAGGACAUCCACGUCGUCACCGGAGCACUAAAGAUGUUUUUCAGAGAGCUGCCUGAGCCACUUUUUCCAUACAGUUUUUUUGAUCAAUUUGUAGAUGCCAUAAAAAAUCAAAAUUACAGUCAACGUGUUCAGUGUGUGAAGACAUUGGUGAAGAAGCUUCCUAAACCCAACCAUGAUACCUUGAGAGUUCUCGUUAAACAUUUACAAAAGAUUAUAGCAAAAGCAUUGGUGAAUCUCAUGUCAUCGCAGAGUUUAGGCAUCGUAUUUGGACCAACUCUUAUGUGGCCUGAAAAUGAAAGCUCGAACAUGGCAGUGUUCAUGACGUACCAGAACCAGAUAAUUGAUCUGAUCCUCUCAGAGCAUACUGAAAUCUUCGACCCUGAAGAAAAGUGAAGAGGCCUCUUGUUCAGUGGGAUAAUAGUGUACUCCAAAGACUUGUGUUUGGUGACUAUUUAGAUAAGAUUGUGUGUGGAUCAGCUGCUUGUUUGUUUUGUAUCCUCCAUCACUGUGUUUCCAUUUGUAUUGACUUACAGACUUGAUAUUUACCUGGGGCUAGAUUUUUUUAAAUUUUACUGCACAGUCAUUGAUCGAUCUCUACUUAAACCACCCUCAAAUUGAAGGUCAGCAGACAACUUAAUGUAAAAUUUCUUUCCCCAAACAAAAUCCAACUGAGACCAAACAGUUUCAUGGUCAGCCAGAAUACAAUCAGAAUCACAGUUGCAUGGUUAAUUGACAAAACAAUGAUUAAAAUACAACAGAACACUGCACCCUACUGAUUGAAAAAACUUAUAAACCAUUUUAGCAAAACAGUCUAAUGGAAAGCCAUAUUAAUUAUAAUGGCAAAAUUAUGCUAAUUUUCUUGAAUAAGCAAACUUAAUUUAUAAAGCUAUUUUAGGUUUUCAUCACCAAAUUGUUCACUGUUAAUACUGACUGAGGCAUUUACUAAAACACAUAUUUUCUUUUUUAGAAACAUGUUGGUCUCUCAGCAAACUCUUGUUUUAAAUUGUUCAUGAUAUCUAAAAUGUAAAGGAGCUUCACUUUGGUUUGGUAUGAGAUUCCAAAGUGUUACAACACAUCCAAAACUCCACAGCUCACAUGCAAUCACACACUAUGACCCAUUCAUGCAUCAUCCCUGUCCUCACUGGUCUGCAUUAAUUCCUGGUAUCCACAGGACAUGAAGUAUAAAAUCUCAAUCUUUUUCAAAUAUACUUCAUUGAAUGUAAGGCUAGAAUGCAACUUUCCACACUCCCAUUGUAAAAGAACAAGAAAGACAUCAUUCAGCCAAGCAAUUUUUUUUAAUCCAUCUCUCUCCCAGUCCAUUCAACAGAAAGGUUGGGCACAGUUCUUCAAACAAGGUAGAAGUAUGGAACAGUCUCCCAUAAGCUAUAAUUUAAUCAAAAGUCAAUAGAACUUAGCUACUGAAGGGUAUAAACUCAUAUGGAGUUUAGGGCAGAAUAGAAUCCAGAGCAACCAUGAAAGGUGGGACAAGCAUGAAGUACUGAAUAAUCUUAAUUCUACUCUUAAGAUUCUCCCUCCCAUGCCUAUAGAUCCCCCUGCCUUAGUUGCUGAUCUCCCACCAUCUCAAAUCUAGCUACUGCAAUCUUGCUGGCCACUUCUUACUUUACAGUCCUACCAUAACUGUGGCUGAAUGCACAAAACACUUGGUUAGGUGAGCUGUCUCUUUCCUCCAUACAUCAUCUACUUUCUAGAAAAGAGAUCCAAAGACCACCAUCAAGGGUGCAGUAUAUAUAUAUAUAUAUACACACAUACGACCAUGACAAGAUCAAACUGUCUAAUAUAUCUCACAAGGCUAAAUAGCCCCUUAACACUCACAACCUAUAGGUAGACAUAAAGAAUUAGCUGCUUUAUAAAGUACCAUAGGGUGUUCGGCAUGAAUUUGAUCAUAGCCCAGUAUCUGAUAAAUCAUAGAAAUAAGUUAAUUUAAGUAAAUUCAGUAUAUUUAAUGUAGUUUUCCCCAGACCCAAAUGUACAAGGGUAUUCAGAUAUUCUUGGAUCUGAACCCUUAUGGGUACGGAGGUUUACUCUGAGUAAUGGAAGUAAUUUCACAAAAAGAAAAUGUGCUGUGCAUAACCUUUUGAAAUUGGAUGUUUGAUAUACUAUUUUGCUUCUCGCCCUUGUCAGGUUGACUUUUCACUUUCACAAAUUGUCACAUUCAGCUGGUGGGAGGCAUUCAGCUUGUGCCAGACAGUUUGCUUUGUGUCAGACCAAAUUCUGGCUGUUUCUCUGCACUACCGUGAGAAGUUGAUUCCCACCUACUAAUCUGGCUUUGAACUGCUAACAUUUAUUCUGCAUAGGUGGUGGAAUUAAGGAUGUGAGGCAAACGGGUCUAAUUCUCAGCCAAUGCUGAUGUUCGUGUCAAUAAACUAGUUGUGAUAGGAUGUGAACGAAAUGUUGCAGUUGCCAGUAACAUCUAGUACCAAUGCAGCAUUUCCAAAUUAUUGUUGUGCAUGAUACAGUUCAAUAACUUUGCAUUGUCAGCUAUAAUUAAUGGAUGGCAAGACUAAAGUUCUCAUGGUAGCACAGUAUUACAAAUCUUUCGAACAGCGCCAAGAUUAUUUGAUUUUGACAAUGUUGCUGUCAAGACUUAACAUGAGAGGCAGGUACCUACCUGAUUGGUAAUGAGAAAUUGAAAUCUAUUGACUUUUGUUUCAGUGCCCAGGUUUCAACAAUGCACAAUCCAACUUUCUUGCCCUCUUUCCUAAUAAGAGAAUACAAAGUACUAAAAUUACUAGGUGAAAUUAUACCUUACAAACACCAAUUUGCAACACUUAGAUGAGACCUGAUUUCAUCAGUAAGUUAGCAAUAUCCAGGAAUUAUAAAAUCAAUAGCAGCUAACGCUAAUACACCUGAAUUACAACUGAAUUAGAACACAAUUAGAAUUCAACACAUAAAAUCCCAUGCCAGUUUAAAUUAAAAAAUAUAGCCAUCUCACACUCCCACAACCUUUGGAGCUUUCAAAUGAUCAGUUUGAUUUCGUAAACUGGUUGGACCAUGCUUGGGUACAGAAGAGAAGUUACAUUCGUUUGUUUAGUCUUUACCUUUUUCCUGAAAAAAAUCAGCUUUAAGACAAGAAAAAAAAAUGUUGUUGCAUAUUGUUCCUUUAUGAACCAGUUGUACAUAUGAAUGUAUUUUUCAACCAUGUGUUCACUUGUUUAGUUGCAUAGAGAUGUAAACACAGUGAUGGAAACUGUUAAAAAUAUUACAAGUAAAUUUCCCAUGGUUCUUAAGCAUUGAUAGUACACUGUUCAAUCAAACUGACAAUUAUUGUUUAUUGAUUAUGAUCAAACUUGAUUCUGUAAGGGAUAGUUAUGAGACGGAGACUGGAUGCAGAAUUGCUGGAUCAGUUUUUAAUACUACUGAGAUCAAGUUCAAUUUCAAAAUUUAAUGACAAAUGGAAACAAAAGCUUUUUUUUACCAAAAAUAUAUGCUGUGGAAUGGUGCCUUACUUGUUUUAGCUGACCUUGACUUUAUGUAACAAUUAAAAACAAAAUAUACAAUGGGCACAAUCUUUUCAGGGUCUAACCAAUGUAGGCUAUGCAGAUAUUUAUGGCAGAAUUGAACGACAAAUGGGGUAAAGUGCAAUAUAGAAGUCGACUCACAGCAUCUUUUAGGCUUUUCACAAGCCAGCUGAGAUUGCCACUAGAUGUCAAUUAACAGCCAUUAUUGCUCAUUAAACACCUUUAUUUAAGGUCUGACACACCUCAUUAAUAUUUAUACUCCUAACUUGGCAAACUCACGAAACAAGCUAGAUGUUUGGAAAACAAGACAAGGAAGAGCGUGCACCUGAUGGAUUUGGCUCGCUGCUUGCUCUGAUUUACCUCCAUGUUGGACACCAGCCUCUCAGGGCAUGCUCCGUGGGACACCAGCCACAUACACACAGGCAUCCACAUGCCCACGCAUACACAUACACGCACAUACCACAUCCACAGAGAUUGGCAUGCAACAUGUGUCAGUCUGUAAGCACCCUCACAGCACAUCAUUGAUCUACUUACAGGAUGGUCUUUCAUUUCAAUGCUGCACUUCAAGCUGCACCAGUAACUAUCGUUGUAAUGCUGCUGCAAGGACACUGUGCUCUCAGGGGGACACAUUCAGAUCAUAGACUGGAAUAGGCUACCUCUGCACUCUCCACUUACUCUUAGAGGGCAUGCUUUUUCUGUGUCUGUCUGAAUGCUCACUGCAUCCAUUCUUUUUACUCCAUUGCCUUGACAUUUUGCACUUUGCCCCGUCAGCCACAGAUGCUAGCCUCAUAUUACUGUGGACUGGCCUAGCCAUUUAGCGUAAUAUCAAAACCAGGAAGCCAUCCGUUGUUGACAGCAGGUCUCCUUCAGUCAAGGGAUCUCGGCUCAGUAAGCCAAGGGUAGUCUCUGACAUCAGUUCAGGCCCUGCUCAGGACAGUCAGAGUCAGGAUUUUCACUUCAUAAAAUCUAAGGACCUGAAGAACAGGCAUCACACCAUCCAUCCUGUCUCUUGCUGCCCUAUUUUGGGCUUGAAAUAAGAUGAUAUUGCAGGAGAUGAACGCAGGUGGCCCAGCUAUUACUAUUGACACAGAGCGCAUGAGCAGGCAGCACAGAGGGUGUGCAUGGUUAAUACUGUUGGGUUGGGUGUGUCAGGAUGAGUGGGGAAAAUAUUGCAAGCUAUAGUAAGAGUUGUAGAGAUGUGACUUAUUGGAAAGGGAAAGGGUAGCAGAUUUACAUAGGGAGACAUUGAGUGUGAGGCGUCAGAGAAAAGAUGGUGGAACUGACCCUAGUGCAUUGGAGAACAACUUUGAACUUCUUUCAAUAUUGCUGAUAUUCCUGCAGGUGGCUGAGAAUGUGUUAACUAAGUGGAAACCUGGGACCAGUAUGCCAUGUUGUGCUGCCGUAGCCCUCCUUGCUACUUUUGGGGAAGGAGGAAGUUUUGCAUUGCCACCCCAUCCAGCAGUACCUCCGGGACUCUGCCCACAAAGUGGGACACCAAUUUCCCCCACCCAUCACGUCUGAGUAAAUGUCAGCAACUUUACAGGGCAGCUUCAGACUGACUGUGCUGGCCUGGGUGCACAUUGAGCUUUUAAAUAAAUGCUGCAAGGGAUGCUGGUCAAUUCUGGGAUAUCAUCUGAGUGUCAACCUGUUGAGGAAAUGGCCUAUGGGAAGAUGGGUUGGGAAUCACACAGGAAUGACACCACAGGGGUAUGGUAGAUAAUGCGGCAGAGUUGAUAAGAUAAAGCAAAAGAACUUGCAAGAACUCGUGAUGUCAGACAUUCAAAAAACUCAACACAGUGUGGACUUCCACUAAAAAUUCAUAAGAUUCAGCCUAUUGCCUUCACCAAAAUUUGUUAUCUUGCAUACAACCAACGUUUAUUACUUUGAUUGCAAAAAUAAGUUCUGUGGGUAUGAAACCAUUUUGCUGUCCAGUAAAAAAAAUACAGUCCAAGCUUUGCCAUAUUUUUCACCAUGUUAUCUUUGUUUU